UUUGUCAAAGAUGAGGUUACAAUUACUUUUACUGGCCUGUUGCUUCGUGGCUAUAGUAAACAGUCAAAACGCAGGAGAGCUGACGCCGGAAUAUCAUCCUCCUUUGAUCAUUCAGUCGUGCGAUGCCUCAGGAUGCCAGCCGGAAAAUACAGGAAUUGUAAUAGACGCUGACACUCGUCGGCUAUAUUCUGUUGCCGACAAUUCCGUCAGUUGCUACACUGGCUCUGGAUGGAAUCCUGUGCUCUGUCCUGAUGGCCAAACUUGUGCUCAGAAUUGUGCCAUCGAUGGAUUUACUCAAGACGAGUACAAUAAUCGCUUCGGAAUUUCUACCAGUGGAAGUGCGCUAAGAUUGGCGUAUUUAACACAGAGUGAAAUGGGCAUGAAUAUCGGUUCAAGAACGUACCUCUUAGGCGAAGAUAACAAUUAUAGACUCUUCUACUUGAAAAACCGUGAACUGUCAGUAACGUUUGAUUAUUCAACAACCACAUGUGGUAUGGAUGCAGGCGUGUACUUCUUGGCAAUGGAUGGCGACGGAGGCAUGUCACGGUAUCCAGACAACAAAGCAGGAGCCAAGUACGGUACUGGCUACUGUGACGCUCAAUGUCCGCACUACCUCAGGUACUCUAACGGACAAGUCAACCUCGAUGUCAGCAGUGAAUACGGCAUCUGCUGCGUCGAAAUGGACAUCAUGGAGGCAAACAGGUGGGCCGCAACAGUCACCACUCACGGUUGCACCGCUGAAGGUUACUUCGUGUGCAACGGAGUUGACUGCGGAGACGGAGCUAAUUUCUUCGAAGGAGUGUGCGACAAAUCUGGCUGUGAUUACAGCUCUGCGAGACAAAAUAACAGAUAUUUCUUCGGAGGUAAUGAUACUUUCACUGUUGACUCUAGCCAACCCUUUACAGUGAUAACGCAAUUUUUAACUGAUGAUGGUUCAGAUUCUGGAAAACUUGUAGAAAUUAAACAAAUUUGGAUUCAAAACGGAGUCGAGAUACCGGUUCCCUUCGCCAACUGGGGCUACACCAAUGACUACAAUUCCAUCACAGAGGAAUUUUGCGCGGCGUCCAAAACAAUGUUUGGAGAAUUUAAUGACUUCGCUGAACAAGGUGGAUUGGAAUCCUUGGCCAACGCAUUCGACAACGGUGUUGUAAUGGCGUUCGCAUUCUGGGAGGACCCAAGCACUUACAUGCAAUGGUUGGAUAGCAUCUCCCCACCCGACGCCGACCCAGAGGCCCCCGGCGCGUACAGAGGUCCCUGCCCUCUCGAUGCUGGCAAACCUGAAGAUAAUCACGUCAACUAUGCGGAUGCAUAUCAUACCAUAUCCGAUAUCAAAAUAGGAACAAUUGGAUCAACGUACUAACUCGAACAUUAGUUAUUGGCGACUCGAAUGGCAUAAUAGACUGACCACCUAUAUAUAAAACGAGAGAUGCUUUGACACGAGUUGGCUGAAAAAUUUAACUAUGCAUUCGCGGAACAGUAACAGUUUUGUUGCAUGUGGUUCAAGAACUUUGAGUUAGACGUUUCAGAUGGAGCAUUAUACGAUCGAACAUUA